AAUUUCGAUUCUAUUAUUUCUCAAUUCUUCGUGUUUCCACUUUUGGACGUCCACUUUAACCUGCGAGGUUAUGUCCGUACAGUGGUCCGUGGUCUGUACAUCAGUUGAAUUUGUGCUACGAAGAACGUAUUUGUGCUUUCUAACUAACAAUAAUAAUAAUAAUAAUAAAUAUUGCUCGGAUAGUAAUAUACGAAUAGGUGUACGCUGAAUUGAAUGUAACGUUGUUGAGAAAAUAUCGUGGAUAAUAAUACAAGAAAUAACGUGAAAUAUGAGCAUAGCUACGCAAAACCCGAUAAUAAUAAAAAUUUCUCAUCAUAAUUCGCCUCUGACACUUGAGCUGGCGCGCAACAUAUAGAGUACCUGUUUAAUAAUAAAUCAAGUCUAACGCUGCGAUAUGAGCGGCGCGGUCUCCUUAUACGAUGGGACGGGAAAGAAAGAGGCGACUCCUAAGAACAAUACUUUGGAAAACGGCGGAGGUGCCACAAAAAAGUUAUCCAGAGGCAUUUCAAGAGCGACUGAAAAUGCUGCGAUAGUUUCUCACGCUCGCUCCCAACUUGCUCCUUUGGGAGCUGUAGAUACGCCGGAAUUCACAUUCUCCUUACCGGAUCUUUCUGUUUAUCCAGAUGAUUUCCGUGAAUUUUUGGAGAGAGAUUUGAUCGAAGGAGGCUGCCUCACGUCUCUGGAGUCUGCGGGCCGUUUGAAUUGGUGGUGCGGAGUAAAUGGAAAAAACGGAGGAUCCAGAGUUCUCUGGCCUUUGGCUACAUCAGGCGAUGGAAACUGCCUUCUGCAUGCAGCAUCGCUCGGGAUGUGGGGUUUCCAUGACAGAUUAUUGACCCUUAGAGACGCGUUGCACACGACAUUAGCUAAAGGAGAAUGUCGACACGCCCUUUACAGGCGAUGGAAAUGGAGGCAAAUGGGACUGAAUGCAGUUGCUGGGCUGGCUUAUUCCGCAGCUGAAUGGGCUGACGAAUGGCAAAGCCUUGUGGACAUGGCAUCUGCACAUCCUCGUAAUCCAACUGCUAAUUCGUACCAAAGUUUGGAAGAGGUCCACGUAUUAGCACUAGCGCAUGUACUGUGUCGGCCAAUAAUAGUGAUAGCUGAAACGAUGCUGAGGGAUGCAGAAGGCGUUGCUUUAGCACCUAUUCCGUUUGGCGGAGUUUAUUUACCAUUUGAAGUUCCGCCGUCCCGAUGUCAUCGAACCCCGUUACUAUUGGCAUACCAUUCUGCUCACUUUUCACCUCUCGUCACCGUUGACGGAUCCAGUAGUGAAAACGGAGGCGGGGAAGGGGUCAGCAUUCCUCUGGUGGAUCCAGAUUCAGGGCAGCUUUUACCAGUUUUGUUUUCUGUAGACCCUGGUCCACACUGGGAUUCCAGUAACGCUUCUGAAACACUACCACCUUCACAUCUUGACGUGGAAGACGUCGUUUUACUUCGAGAAUACUUGGACUGCGAUUACCAGCUGUUGACUCCCGAGGAAAUAGAAAGGGAUUCUGAAACUGACAAUCCAUCAUCGAACAAAAGUCGAGCAGCAAAGCAGUUACUCGGAGUUGCCAAACAGUUUGGGUCGAUUGGUAAAUCUGUAAGUCGAAGAUUAUGGUCGAUGGCGAAAAGACCCAAAAGUCCACCAUCCGCAUCGGGAGCUUCUGGUGCUCUUUGUGUUCAAAUAAGAAGUAAACGGCAUCAAUAUGCUGACCAAAUGCUUCAAAAUUAUUUGCAAUGUGCUAGUGCCAGGUAUUUACGCGAACAGCGGGUUCAGGAUACUGGAACCGAAAUGAAUUACGGAGCUGGAAAGUCUAAGUUUUACGCUGCGAGCGACAGAAGCAGCCAUGUCAGUGUCAGCAAGCUACUUCCAACGAACGCGAACAGCAAGGAUCGCACUCUUUAUCUAUCUCGAUCGACGUUCUACAACAAUCAGCCAUUUUCCGGGGAUGUAAGAUCUGAAAAAUGGAAUAAUAGUAUCCCCGUCGAGGAUGAGCGGACUGUAAGACCGUGUCGUAACGGGGAUUGUCAGUUCUUUGGCUCUGCAGAAAAUCAGUACUACUGUUCAAAGUGCUCGGUGGAGCAACCUUACCGCUAAUUUGCAGUGCCUAUUCCGAUGACAAUAAUUUCUGUCUUGCUAAUAAGUAUAUAUUGGCGUAUUACACAAAAUCAAGGUACAGAUAAUAACACUAGUCUUCUAAGUCGGAAAUCCUAACCGAUCGCAGCUAUAUCAUUAUACUUAUAUACAUAUAUAUUUAUAACAUACAUAUAUAAGUACGCGACGUAAUUUUUCGUUCUAUAGUUUUCUCACUAUAUUUAUUAAUAACAUUUAUAUUUUUGGCCGCUCAUCAAUCACACGAGAUCAGUGCAGACAUGAUUUUCAUAAAAUCAUCGAUUUCAAAAUAGGAAUUAAAUGAGAAAGUGAAAAUUCGGUGCAACUCUACCACUGAUCCUUUUUAAUAUUGUGUAUUUCUUUUCUGUGUUGAAAGUAUAAAUCUUCAACAAACUCCAUUCAUCUCGCGACCUCCUGGUGACAAUAAACUCAUUCAUUCAUCAACUAGAAAUUAUAAUCUCUAAACUAAUAGAUAUUAUAGUAUAUAAACCCACCUUGAGUAUCGGAUAACCGUUAGUAAUUUGAUAUUACAUAUAUCUACAUUUAUAGAGUAUUUUCAACGAUUUUAAUGAUAAUUUGAUGAAGAUCAUGAUUUUGUUUCCGUAGUCUCGACUGUUUUCAACUUGAUUAAUUUAAGUUCUUCGCUAAAUGAAAUCCACUUUUUCGUUCGAAUUUUGCUUUACGCGCCCCGAUAUAAUCUGUAAAGAAUAUAAAUAUUAUCGAAUGACAUAGUUAUAUGCGCAUUAUUUAUGUGCCUUGAAUAACGCUGCGUAAAGCCAUAGUUUUAUUGUCGUAGCACAAGCGUCGGUACAAAUUCUUUGUUAUGUUUCAAAUUUUACAGUUACGCGUUAGAGUAGAGAUAUGCUUUCUGCGGUUUUGACGUUUUAGUAGUUCUGAGCUUUAAACGUGAAACUUUUUGUGGGAAUGCAAGACAAAUCAAUAUAGAGACAAGAAAAAAAAUUUAUAAAUAAUAUGCGGAGCCAAAGUCAAACGUUCUAUUGCAUAUCUUUGAACAUUUUGCAAAGGAAUUGGAUUAAAAUCAAACCAAAAUUGGAGUGAUCUAUACUUACCAAAAACUAUGAGAAAGAAAAUAAUAAUUUUGUACAUGCAUAGGUUUGUUUAUGGAAAAAAAAACUUGAAACUACGUGUUCAAUUCGAUCAGUAGCCUAGCUUGUAAAUUUAUUGAAUUGACGCUGAACAUAUGAAUAUCAAUUCAAACGGAAUCAAAAACCUGCUCGAUUUCCAUGUGUGACAGUAAUUAUAUAUAUAGCACUUCUUUGGGGUAUAUAUUGUAAAAAUUGCGUUGAGAAUUACUUAGUAUGUGAACUCACAUGGGCGAAUGUUUUUUAAACUUGUCAAAUACCGCGAUCGAAGUGACUUUCACUAGAAAAAGUGCCGCCCGUAUAAUUAUUGUCGCACGUGUAACUUGGACAGAUUUUUACCACAAAGAUACAAAAAAUCGGUAUCUAUGAAUAAUUAUAGACUGCAAUAGGUUGUGCAUCGCGAACCAAAAUCAAUAUU